AUGAAUCAAGUGAUUGCUCCCGCAACGGCGACAACCUAUGAGAUUUCCCCAGGCGAUGACUACGAGGAAACUUGCCUCAAGAUGGUUCAGCCCGGAGACACCUGUUACUUCCUUUCCGGCGACCACAAGUUUGACGGCAUGACCCAAGUGCACGGGACGGAGAAAAACCGCAUCACCCUCACCGGAGAUUCGGACGCGUGCCUCAAGGGCUCCAACACCCAGGACCGCUUGUUUCAGAUCGCCCACGACUACUACACGGUCAAGGACAUCUGCUUCGACGGCUACCACGAAGACGACGACGAGUACGUGUCGAGCGCGAUCUACAUCCUGGGGGCAGACAAGGCCAGGAAAAAGGACAGCAACGGAGAGAAGGCUUCCGUCACCGGGACUCAGCUGUUCGACCUGGAGAUCAAGAACUUCGACGAAGAGUGCAUUCACUUCCGGUACUUCGUGACCCAGACCGAGGUUAGCGGAUGCACCGUCCAGCACUGCGGCAAGCAUUCGUUUGAGGAAGGAGGAGGGGGGAAGGUGGGCGAAGGUAUCUACAUCGGCACUGCUCUGGACCAGGUCGACGACAACAAGACCCCAGAGCCCAAGCUCAGGACCGUUUCGGCCGACAACAUCGACGCAGACGUGACGAAGCACAACUGGAUCCACCACAACACCUUCCGCACGUACGGCAACGAGUGCGUCGACAUCAAGGAGGGGAGCAGGGAGAACCUCGUCGAGUACAACAUCUGUGAGCAACAGCAUGACGCCAACUCGGGGUGUUUCGGCUCCCGUGGCUCGGCGAACACCUUCCGCUGGAACAAGAUCAGCCACUGCGUGGGGGCCGGCUUCCGGUUCGGCGGUGACGCGGAUUACGGGGUGGACAACAACGCGUACGGCAACGAGAUUAACGACGCGGCGUACGGGGCCUACAACGUCAUGGCGUACCCCCAGGGACAGAUCUGCAAGAACAAGCACAGCGACAUCGAUUAUGCAUUCGUGGGCGACUACAAAAAAAACUUCGACUCCGAAGCGGCGAUUGCCGACUGCCCCGACGGCAGCACGCCCGGUGACAUCGAAAACUUCUCCUCCAGCGAGCUCCCGGAUGACUGGGACGACCAGGUUGUCGGCGCCACCACCACCUCCUCCUCUUCGGGAGCCGGCGACGACGGUGGAGAUGACGGAGAUGACGGAGAUGAUGACGAUGACGACGAGGCUGACGAUGACGACGACGACGCAAAAACGGUAAGAGGUUUCGCGGACGACACAGAGGUCGGGAUCCUCUGCGCCGGCGUGAACUGCCUGCCCGGCGUGCGCGCGGCCACCGCCGAGGAGGAGAAGAUCUUCGAGAUCGGCACCAACUCCAUGGCCGGCACGUCCGGCGAGGGAGAGUGCGGGGUGGUGGCGUCCAUCGGGAAGGUGAAGGUCGAGCACGUGGACAACAUCGACCCCUCGACGAGCCCGAGCAACCUCUUCGACGGGGAUAUCGACACGUACUUCUCCAUCAACCGCGAGAGCACGAGCAUGAUCAUGGAGCUCGAGGUGGAGCAGGAGGUCGACGGCAUCUCCAUCUCCUUCUUCAUGAAGGACCCCUCCGAGGACCGGGUCCAGACCUUCAGCGUCUCCGUGCGCGCCGCCGACGACACCGAGUACACGACCGUCAUCUCCGACAGGACGUCGUCCGGCGAGAAGGACGUCCACCAGCACUUCACGUUCACUGGCACGACUACCAAGUACAUCAAGCUCACGACCAACGGCAACACGUUCAACAAUUGGUCUGCCUUCAACGAGUUCGAGGUCUGCGGGGAGGAAGUGGAGUCCAACGCCCUGUUUUCGGGAAUUAGAGCGGCCAAGAAGAAGCUCGCGCAGCUCGAGGGCGACUCGGUGUGCGUCGAGCCCGUGAAGCUGGCCGUGCAGAACGCCCACGUCACCGACAGCAGCGAUUCCAACAACGUCAGGUCGAUCUUCGACCUCAACUUCCACACCUGGUGGGCGUCCGCAAACACCCAGAACGAGAACCCCAUGGAAAACGCUAAGAUCAGGCUGCACUUCCAGGGGGACCAGAACGUGUCGUACGUCAAGAUUGCCUUCUUUGAUGGGCACCUGGCCAGCUACCACAUGGACUUGUACAAGAGGGCCGCGGCAAAUAAGGAGUGGACAAGCGUUCUGACGGGGCAGGUGGUCGAAGCUGUGUCCACGUUCCAGACUUUCACCAUCGAGGAGACGGGUGUCAACGUUUUGUACAUCGUUGGCCUGGGGAACGACGUCGGGAACAAGUUCAAGGUUUCCGAGGUCGAGGUUUACGGUUGCUAG